GCUUGGUAUAGUCUGCUCAAUGUCUGGAGGGGAGUGGGCGAGGAAAGAGAGGGCGAGCGAGCGAGCGAGCCAGCAGCGGAGAAACCUGGAAAUCAACGUCAAUUUAGCACCCAGUACGAGAGAAAUGUCGACUUUGACAUAGCGAUAUGCACGGGGUCGCCGAACAACGCACCGCGCCGUGGGUUUAGGCGACUGGAGCGGGUCGCCUGUGGACAACAUUCGCGACGACCGGACUCUGGACGCAAGAAAACAACAACAGUGGUUUAAGAAAAAGGAGCGCGAGUGAAACGAGGAUUACACACAUAGCAGUGACAAUAAAACAACACAACUCUCGUGCUGAAGGAAACAAUGAAGACGUAGCGAGGCAAGAAGUCAUCAAGUGUCUCGGACCUGCUAGCCAUCCAGCUUGAGAGCGAAUGCGAGGUAAAGCUAACGCGUGCUAGUGCAGCCCAUAAGCAGAGUUAGCUCGUGGGCUAACGCUAGCUGACAGACUCCCAGCGCGUUUUGGUCAACUUUUGCUGUUGUUUCCCGGGAGCCUAAACACUGACGGAGUGUCCUAACAAAAGAGGGGAAGGGCCGGCUCCCUUCUCGACUUGUUCCCCUCUACGUAUAUUUUCCCGGAUCGAUGGCAGCGGAGGUCAGUAGUGAGGAGUCGGGCUCGGUCACGGCGGGGACAGGCGGAGGAGGCCCGGAGACGGCCCCGUUCCCUUGCUAUCCCAGGUCGACCAGAGUGAGGGUGGCGGAUUUGGGACCUGCGCCAGCCCUCCGUCAACUCACAAACACGUCUCCGGACUCACUCCCGGACAUGAGCGUGAUCUAUCCCAUGUCAAGUGGGGAUAUAAGCGGAUCUGCCCUGUCCACGGGAGGGAGUGGCGGAGGUGGACAUUCAGUUUUCCAAGGAACGAGCUCAGGGAACGUGGGCGGCAUGUGCGGCUCUCCCACUUCAGAAGCACCGGCCUGUCGGAUUUCACCCACAUCGUCAGCCCCGGACGGGGUGACCGACUUGCCCCCGCUACCGCCUCCUCCACCUCCCCCUCCUCUCCCUUCAGGUUGUGGCGGCACGAUGGAUGAAAGCGACCUGCAAGAUGGACCGGAAUACGAGGAGGAAGAGGUGGUGUUCCCCCUCUCUGCACCGCCCACAAACCAGUGGUACCAUGGCAAGCUAGACCGAACCAUUGCUGAGGAGCGGCUGCGCCAGGCUCGGACCCAUGGCAGCUACCUCAUCAGGGAGAGUGACCGCCGGCCCGGUUCCUUUGUCCUGUCUUUCCUCAGCAUGACCAAUGUGGUCAACCACUUCAGGAUAAUUGCCAUGUGUGGGGACUAUUACAUAGGCGGGAGGCGGUUCUCUUCCUUAUCAGACCUAAUUGGUUACUACAGCUACGUGUCUUGCCUACUCAAAGGAGAAAAGCUGCAGUGGCCUGUGGCCCCUCCAGAGCCUGUAGAAGACAGGAGGAGAGUAAGGGCCAUACUGCCAUACACCAAAGUGCCAGAUACAGAUGAGAUCAGCUUCCUGAAGGGAGACAUGUUCAUCGUUCACAAUGAACUGGACGACGGCUGGAUGUGGGUGACUAACGUUCGUACGGAGGAGCAGGGGCUCAUCGUGGAGGAUUUGGUGGAGGAGGUGUGCCGGGAAGAGGAUCCACAUGAGGGAAAAAUCUGGUAUCAUGGAAAGAUCACAAAACAAGAGGCCUACAACCUCCUGAUGACGGUUGGUCAAGUGUGCAGUUUCCUCGUGCGGCCGUCAGACAACACACCUGGAGACUACUCCCUCUUUUUUCGCACCAAUGAAAACAUCCAAAGGUUUAAGAUCUCUCCCACCCCCAACAACCAGUACAUGAUGGGAGGGAGGUACUACAAUAGUGUCGACGACAUCAUCGACCAUUACAAGAAGGAGCAGAUUGUCGAGGGUUACAACUUGAAAGAUCCCGUUUCAGUACAGCAGCAAGAACAAGUCAUCUCCGACACGGUGGAUGGGAGAGAAAUUUACAACACAAUCAGACGAAAAACAAAAGAUGCGUUCUACAAAAACAUAGUCAAGAAAGGCUACCUCCUCUUCAACAAAGGCAAAGGCAAACGGUGGAAGAACCUGUACUUUAUCCUGGAGGGUAACGAUGCCCAGCUAAUCUAUUUUGAGAGUGAGAAAAGAGCCACCAAACCCAAAGGGCUGAUCGACCUAAGUGUGUGCUCCGUCUAUGGUGUUCACGACAGCCUCUUUGGCAGGCCAAACUGUUUCCAGAUAGUUGUCCAGCACUUUAGUGAGGAACAAUACAUUUUCUACUUUGCCGGGGAGGCUCCUGAACAGGCACAGGAUUGGAUGAAAUGCCUACAAACAUUUUGUAGUAACUUAAGGAAGACAACUCAGCCCACCUCCAACAAAAGGUUGAGACAGGUGAGCAGCCUGGUGCUGUAUGUGGAGGAAGCCCAUAAGCUGCCGGUGAAGUAUUUCACCAACCCAUACUGUAAUAUCUACCUGAACAACGUCCAGGUGGCCAAAACGCACCCAAGGGAGGGGCCGAACCCCGUCUUCACAGAGGAGUUCAUUUUUGAUGACCUCUCGAGUGAAAUCAACAGGUUUGAGAUCAGCCUGAGCAACAAAACAAAAAAGAGCAAAGAAAGUGACAUCCUAUUCAUGCGUUGCCAGCUCAGUCGUCUGCAGAAGGGCCAGAUGAUUGAUGAGUGGUUCCCUCUCAGCUCCCACGUGCCGCUGAAGGGCAUCGAGCCAGGCUCUUUACGUGUGCGCGCACGCUACUCAAUGGAGAAGAUCAUGCCCGAAGAGGAGUACAGCGAGUUUAAAGAGAUGAUACUGCAAAAAGAAUUCCAUGUCAUCUAUGCUCUGGCCCACGUGUGUGGUCAGGACCGCACCUUACUGGCAAGCCUCCUCCUGAGGAUCUUCAGACACGAAAAGGCCGAAGCCCCUCUUCUCAGGACUCUCAAUGACCGAGAGAUUUGCAUGGAGGAUGAAGCCACAACGUUGUUCCGGGCGACCACUCUGGCCAGCACUCUAAUGGAGCAGUACAUGAAAGCCACGGCUACGCCGUUCGUCCAUCACGCUCUUAAGGACACCAUUCUCAAGAUCAUGGAGAGCAAACAGUCCUGUGAGUUGAACCCCUCCAAACUGGAAAAAAACGAGGAUGUCAACCUGAACUUGGCUCACCUCCUCAAUAUCCUGUCGGAACUGGUCGAAAAGAUCUUCAUGGCUGCUGAGAUCCUACCACCGACGCUAAGAUUCAUUUAUGGUUGUUUGCAAAAAUCCGUGCAGCAGAAAUGGCCAACUAAUACCACCAUGAGGACUAGAGUUGUAAGCGGGUUCGUCUUUCUAAGACUCAUCGGUCCUGCGAUCCUCAAUCCAAGAAUGUUCAACAUCAUUGCUGACCCUCCGUCUUCAACAGCGGGCAGGACCCUCACACUGGUGGCAAAGUCGGUUCAGAACCUUGCCAACCUGGUGGAAUUUGGUGCAAAGGAGCCUUACAUGGAGGGGGUGAAUCCGUUUAUCAAAAACAACAAGCAUAGGAUGAUCAUGUUCCUGGAUGAGUUGGGGAAUGUUCGUGAUCUUCCUGAAACCACAGAGCACUUUAGGACGGACCUGUCCCGAGACUUGGCUGCAUUGCACGAGCUCUGCGCCGCGCACUCAGAUGAACUUCGGACGCUGAGUAAUGAGAGGGGGGCUCAGCAGCAUGUGUUAAAAAAGCUGCUGGCCAUCACGGAGCUCCUCCAACAGAAGCAGGCUCAGUAUGCCAUGUCCAACAGCAACAGGACAGAGUGCACCAUCAUGUCACUGGCGGCCGCCAUCCAGGUCAUGUGAAUUCCGUGGAAUCACACCUGAGAGUACAAGUGCCAGCCAGAAAAAGCAAGGCCUUGUCCGAGCCUCAACUUAAUUCUCAGCAUGUGGCCUACUAUCUCCAUAGUUCCAAUGCAAUAUGGCUGCCCCCCACUGAGAGCAGAGUGGGGGUGGAUGGAAACACAUUUGCUGCCUAUGUGAACAUGUUCCUUCCAUAGCUGUUCCCAAAUAUGCUUUAGACACAGUGCUGCCACGAUUGAUGAUGGGAUGGACCUGAGCUACAGUCAGCUGCAGAACUGUUUGAACAUAAGCGGGGUGGGGCGACCAAAGCACUGAAGUAGCGUCAUCAGGGAGUUUGAACACGAGACUACACAAGCCUUAAAGUCCCCUUUCUUACACACCAUCCACCCCGAAUUUUUUUUAUAUGCCACUUCGUUGAUGGAGAAUCUAAAUGUGUUUGUAUGAUGUAGCUACACGGCAGAAAUGUAGAUUCUUUGUUGAGGAGAUGUGUGUGACCUGUCUUGUGCAUGUGUUAAUCCUGCGACAUAAACACCGCUUUUAAGAACUAAAAGCUGAUGAUUUGCUCAAAAGCAGGGUACACGUGUACCGAUUUUUAACUCUUAACAAGAGACCCUACACAUGGUGUGGAGGGGUAAACGUUAUACAGUUUGCACAUUUAAUAAUUACCACUAGAGGGAGCACUCGUACUACAUUUUGAAAAUGAGUGCCCUAAUGCCUGCACAU